CCCAAUAAAGAUGAAACCAGACCGGUCUGGUCGGGUCCGAUCCGUUCGGAAUGGGACAGCGAGGGAAGGGGUCGGCGAUCCGCCACUGUCUCCGCUCGCCGUCGCCCGUCUGCCAUUACCGGCGGCCAGGCCCAGCGCCUUCGAAGCUUGCAGCCGACCGAAUAUUCUGAUAUCGGUGGAUUCAUGGAGAUAGAAUCAGAUUGUCGUCUGUCUACUCAUUUUCCUGUCACCCACAAGUCGAUAUCCCUGGAUAUCAAGGGAAAUAAGACAGACAUAGUAAUCUGCAAGUAUGAUGAUAAUUUUCUGGUGAUGGUGACUCAGAUAGGAUGCAUGGGAACUAUAUUGCAUGCCAGUAGCUGCGGCUCAUCCUGGUCAUUGUUGCUGCCCAUUGGUCUUAAGGACCGCUCCCUGGAAACCUUGAAAGAUGUGAUUUCUGCUGUCGUUGAAAAUCGCCUAUGGUAAAUGUGCUUAUGAAAAUAACUCAUGUUGGCUGCGGCAAGAACACAGAGUAGCACACAUGCAACUUCAAAUUCCUUUUUUAACUUGUUGGGUUCAGCAUUCCUAUUUUGCACGGGACAUGGUUGUUGUUCUGAGAGGGAAUGAGCUGCAUUGGCAUGUUUGUACCAUGUAUUCGUAUUCACCUUUGCAGCACUCUUCUGCAGUUUGUUAGAAUAGCAAGCAGAGCAGGUGAAUUCACUGUAAAAGGUCAAGAUAUUAAACUGGAGCUGAUUUACCUGGUAUCUACAAACUAUUUUAAUUCUUGUAUAGACUUGUUGGGAUA